AUGCUUUACAAUUUGGUUGCCAAGUCCUCGGAUGAGGCGGCGGCAUUCUUUUACCAGAUGAUGUAUCGGAGCCAUCCUGACUUGGAGAGGGUUUCUAUCGAGUGUGAUCCAGAUACCCAGAUGGACAGGGAACCAUACUACCUCGAAGCGACGAUGUCGGCCAAUGCGUGGACGGAUAUCGUGCUCGAUACGUGGAACUCGCCGUAUCUUGAACCUCAUCUUUGGCCGCAAUUUGGUGAGGAUACUUGGAUGUGGGAUUUGGUACGAGGACUUCAAUCGUCGAUGGGAGAUAUCGAUCUUGAUGUGGUCUAUGUAUUGAGAAAACAUAGGGAGGUGCGGAGUUGGGAAGUGUGCGUGCAGAGCGUGAGAACGCACACACCGGACGGGGGUGGAUACCCCCUUCUGAACGAGGAUGGAGAUCUGUGA